AUGUUUAAUAUUAUACAAGCCACUCAUUUUCGUGGUUCUAUGAUAUCUUGGCGUAUAAUCAAUGAAUCAUCUUCAACUGUUCUUGUUGAAAUUCUUCAACGUCAUGCUUGGCGAUAUGACGCUUAUACUCCACUUUGUACUGGAACAACUAUUGCAAAUGGACAGCCUACUUUAGGCGCUAGUAGUUAUAAUAUUAUUUGUGUGAGUAAUUGUCCAACAGGCUUAACAACACUUGGAAGCGUUCUAGUUCCUUGCACUGGUUAUAACAUUGGUGAACAAUAUGCAAUGGGUGAAGGACGUUUUACUUUAAAUAUUCGACGAAAUUCCAGUUUUGUAGCCACGUUUAAUAACUCGGCUUGGUUUAAUCUUGUUACAGGAGUCAAUUUGGCAUGGAGUGUUGCUGUUCAAAUUCAAACCUAUAAAAGAGUCGAUACUGGAUGGUAUAACAAUGCACCUAUUAUUACUAUGUUACCAAUCUAUCGAUUAAGAAAUAAAAUCAGCUAUUCUAUCAAAAUUAACGUCGCUGAUAAUGAUUUUGAUCCAUAUAUUUGUCUUUGGUGUAAAGGUUCUAUACAAUGUGGUGGACUUAGUAAUAGUGUACCUGGUGGUAUUAUUGAUAAUUAUGGAUGUUAUUUAAACUUUACACCAAAUACUACUGGAUAUUAUGCAGCUGCUUUGACAAUAGAGGACUUCGUGAUACUACCAAUCAAUAUAUCAUCAACUAGUUAUCUUUCACAAGUACCUAUUCAAUUCGUAUUUCAUGUUUACGAUUCUUCAUAUCCUUGUGUUACUGGACCAAUCUAUAUAGGCGAUCUCGUACCAGACAUUUGUAUCUAUCUGUCAGUAGGUGCCACUUAUACUACUCGUGUUCGUUUUGAAGUUCAAUGUACUAAUGCCACUGUUCAAAGUAUAAUUAGUGUUAAUCCAACUGGUUUAUUAACAACAUCUAUUCAACAAGAUCCAUUUGAUCGUAAGAUCUUUGCUUUUCUUGCUAAUUUUACAUCAAAUGCUCAGCAAGUAGGACAAAAUCUCUUUUGUUUCUCUGCUGUUGAUUCUAUUGGAAAUCAAGGAGAUUCAGCUUGUCUUCGUUUUGCUGUAUCAUCACAAACAUCUAGUCUUCAACCAUUAUAUAGAUUGAAUGCUACUCGAUAUCCAAUGGGAACAGUCUCGAAAACAACAUCAAUAUGGACUAUUUUAACUGGAACAAGAGUUUAUCAACGUCCAACAACUGAAACAUAUAUUCGAUUCAAACGAACAUCAGAUAGUGUCGAUUUUUAUGCAUUAAAUGCUAUGACUGCAACUGCCAAUGUUUUUUAUUUAAAUGAUCGUAUAGUGAUAAAUUCAACAGUUGUAUGGACUCCAGGUACCCAUUUUUAUAUUUAUUUUGAUGCUGGUGUAUUGGCAGAAGCCAAUACAUGUUCGAAAGAAGCGAUGCCAAUUAGUGAUCCAAACUUUUGGCCAUUUGAUAUACCAUAUGAGACGACAACAACAAGCACAAGUUCAACAAUAACAACAUCUAUAUCAACAACAACGACAGCACGAACAAUACCAACACAUCGAACCCUCGGCACAUCAACUACAACUACAUCAAUAACCACCUCAACAAAAACAGCAACAAAAACAAUAUCCGCAACAACGACGUCAACCAGAACUGUUCGUUUGACAAAUUCAAUUCCUAUAAGUGCUAUUGUUGGUAUUACUCUUACAUGCCUUUUCAUCUGUGCAUUAUUGAUAUGGAUCAUUGGUUCAAUUAUUCGUGUUGUUUUGAUUCGUCUCCUUCUUCUCAAAUAUGGUCUUCGUCAACAAAUACUCAGUAUUGAUUCAUUAUCAACUCCUGAUUUAUUUUACGAUUUAACAAAGAAUGAUCAUAUUACAUCAACAGUUCAAUAUAAACUAGCAACACGUCAUCGUCGACAACAAAGUAUAAGCGAAUAUUCGACUUUUAGUAAUGCAACUUCCAUCCAAAAUAAUUUAAUUCAAGUACAGGUAUAA